CCGGCCGAUCGCCAAAAGGCAUGCUUUCUAUCCAUUGACCAGCAGUUAGAUGUCUGGCGCCGGGCGUUGACUGACAACGGCUUUACUGUAGAUGUGUUUACAGUGGCUGAAGACACCUUUACAAUGGCUCGUGAGCACGCAAUUGCCUCGUUUCCUGUUAUUAUGUCUAUCUAUAAGACAUUCUUCGAGACCAACGAAGAGUUUGACAGAGAAUGCGGUGAUUUGUCGGAUGUUAUAUUUGAUGCGAUGUGUUAUCCAGUGGCCGAUCGGCCCAACCCUAACGCGUGGACACAAUUUCUGGCCAAUGAGAACAUCACUGAAGUGGUCUAUAGGGCACAACUGUUAACGCUUAUUUAUGAACUGCUAAAUCUGUGCUACGUUUACAGCGCCAAUAUUGUACCCCAUUUAAGCAAUCUGGGAGCAAACUACCCUGAUCCCGACGCACCCGCACCCACUCCCGCGGCCCUCAACUGUAUGUUUGAUAAAAAGGGUGAUCAGGAGAGGGCCUGUGCUGUGAACGCCUACAACCACUGGCACACCGUUGAGCCCCAUUCAAAGGCCUGGUGUUGCGAUUCAUACGAGUAUUUAGACUGUGUUGGAAAGAUUGCUGCCGAUAAACACGGGGUAAGAUGA